GUUUUCGCUUUAAAACUGAAUCGUCAUUCAUCAAAUGCCAUAAACGAAAGGGUAAAAAUCGACGCAACAGUAAACCAUGAUGGGAGAAGGAAGAAGCAGCAGCAGCAACAGCAACAGCAACGGUGAUGUUCUGAUGCUUGAAGCUCCACCUUCUUACGGUAGGUCUAGCCAUUCCGAUGCCGAAAUCAUCGACGCAUUGCCUUACAUCGACGACGAUUACAGCGACCCAAGGGUUAAGAUCGAAGUCGACCGUCUCGUUGAAGAAGAGAUGCGCCGCAGCUCCAAAAAACCCGCGGAUUUCCUUAAAGAUUUUCCACCUCUUCCCUCUUCCAAUUUUCAUGAUUAUCCAAUGAUUGGUAGAGAAUACGAGCGUGUAAGAGCUGGUAGGCCUCCUGUUUCUCUUGAUAGGUCCAGAUAUGAAUUAGAAGCUCCACCUGUUAAUAAAAGGAACGAUGAAACUGCUUGGAAACUUGCUAUUCAACGAGCUCAACGACUUCUUCAAUAUCAAACCAUCAGAAUGGAAAAUUUGGAUUUGUUGUUUAAACAUGGCCCUGAUGCAUGGAAACAGCACAAUCAACGAUUGGAAGUAUACUUGUCAAGAAUGCAGAAAUUAGCUCAGGAACAAAAUGAUAAGAUUGAAAAGGUUAACCGUGAAAGGAAAUAUCAUCAGCAAAACACCGCUUAUGAGCUUAAUGCUUUGUCCAUGCAAUGGAAUGAGCUCUGUCAGAAAAAUAUAGACAUCAAAGUUGUGUGUGCUUCAGUUGAAACUCACUUAAAUGAACUGAGAAGAGAAGCAGCAGAAAGAGGCUGGAACUUGGAUGCUAUCACUGAAAAUGGCCAACUGGCAAAUUCGGAAUCAUGAGAUUUGUAUCAGUUUAUCUAGUUUUGUAUCUGUAAUUCUGACUUAAAUUGCUAUUGUACCUAUUAAUAUUUAGUUUAUUUAUAUCAUGAAAAUAUUGCCCAUCUGCGCAUCGAAAAAGAUAAAUAUGCCAAUUUUUUUGGUCUGUAACAUGUCAAAAUGUUAGAGUAAACUGUUUGUAGGAAAAACAUGACUUGGUUUUUUUGGUGACAACAUGAUUUGGUUAGUAACA